AAACUGCCCCUUUUGCGCUCCCUUCUUCUUGAAUCUUGCUCCAUCAGAAGUUCACCAAUAUCAAAGGCGUGUUCUCAUCCUCUACAUGAUUUUAUUCCUUGUUUCUCCUUUUAACUCACAGCUGGCCUUGCCUACCCUCUCAAACGGUUUGAAAACGGCUGGAGCUUGCCUGCCUCGGAGGUUGGAACUGACCAAUCACAGAGGGCAAUCACGACAUUUCUCCAUUAUAUCAGAUCAUCAACUAGCACAAGCAGGCGUGAGACGAUCACUGCUGGCGCUGCGUCCUCCCAACACAGCGUGCCCUCCCGCCUCAAGCCAACUCUCUUCGCUGAGACACGGUUUUUUUGCUGGCCUGGCCUCGCUCUGUAACUUCACCCACGUUCAAGAGUUGACCACCCUGGUCCAGGCUUCGGAUUCCAUCCGCUCCUCGUGCUUCCGCGUACGUGGCUGCUCUUACCGCGCUACGCGAUUUGGCAGGAACAGUUGCAGAACCUGAACAGAUAUCUUUGGGCCAAACCGUCUAAUUCCAGUCCUGACCAGGAUUUUUUGAGUUUCUAAAUCAUCCCGGACCUGUCCUGCGCCCCUGCCCCAGCUGAUCGGCUGGCGACAUUUGCGUGGUUCUGUCACCAUCGAUUUCCAGUCUAACCUCCCCCCAAGACAAGCCACCCAAGCAUUUCCAGUGGACAAUUGGUAAAACAAAAUCCAUCGACCAAGAGCUCUAUUCCAAUCAGAUCAAAGCUCGGGGGCCGCAAAAAGCGGAGAGGUCGAAAAGAGACGAGGAAGCCGCCCUCUUAAAACCACCUGCAGGCAAUAUGUCAGAUGAACAAAUCGCCCGUCAGGCUCCCUCGACAUUCGAUAAACUCGAAAAUUUCAACUUUCUUCUCUCUCGACACGACCCUGCGCUUGCUAAGCACCGGCAAUUCUCCAUUGACACGGAUACCCCUGGCGUGCCUCACGUCUCCAACUUCAACAUGCCCUACGACCCAACCGAAGGCAUGGGUGGUUUGUCCGUCAGCUCCUACGAGAGCCUCGAGGACGAACAUAGCCCGAUCGAUGUGCGAGGAUACCCGUAUCAUGCGGGUGAUAAGACCAUCAACUAUUCUGUCCCUGACCACAUGCUGUCACACUCGGCUUAUCCUCUCUACCCUCCAAUCUCAUAUGGCCAUGAUGAGAUUGGACAUGCACCAGGGGCCAUGACCCCCUCGGACGUCUCGUCCUCCAUUUCACCACCAAAUGGCCAGAUUGGAAACAACAAGUACAGCACUCAGAUUUCAGGCGACCACAUCGCUUCCGCCCUCGGCCAGGAAGAGUCAUCUCGUCGGGCCGCUGAAGAAGACCGACGACGUCGCAACACGGCUGCAAGCGCCCGAUUCCGUAUGAAGAAGAAGCAGCGCGAACAAACACUCGAACGAACCGUGAGAGAGACGACUGAGAAGAACGCCACCCUCGAAGCUCGUGUAGCGCAACUUGAGAUGGAAAACCGGUGGCUCAAGAACCUCUUAACUGAGAAGCAUGAAGCCGCGACUACUCGGAUGCCUCCUCCAUCAGAUACCGCACUGAACCACCAAAAUACGACCGUGGCUGGAAGCGGGCAAAAACAUAUUCAACCAAAAAAGAAGGGAGUGGGAACCGACAAUUAAGCACCCAAAAUGAAGUUUAGUGCUUGAUUUUCGCGACUUACCUCCUUGUUUGCUUGCUAUCCUCUCGCUCGCGAUCUUCUUAUGUGUUUUAUGCGGGCCUGGGCUUGUCUUUUGUACCAUGGGUACAUUGACCUGAUACCCUUUGUUGAUUUUGCCUCGAGUUUGCGAUGCUCCUAGGCGAGCCAGCCAUUGCGAGCUGGAACAGCCUGACGAUGUAAUGACAUAUCACUUUUUGUUUACGCUCUCCCCUUUACGUCUGUCGCUUCUAAGAAAGGGGCAGCUUCAGAUUGAUACAUUCAAUUGUUGGUUGCGUGCUGGCGUUAUUUGCAGGGUUACAUUACGUUGCGGCCUCUGUCGUUACUGCAGGCAUGGAUGGGGCAGGGGAAAUUGUGG